CCAUAAUCCCUUGCCGACGGCAGUGGCAGCCAAGUUCAGUUAGUAACAUGUGCUACCUACACUGUUGCACUUAGUAGUUAUAGUAUUAUGUUAUCUGUGUCUGUACCUACUGUUAUUACGAGACCUCGUGUAAAUAUAGGCCUACAUUAUAUAAUCUGUGCCCAUUUCGCAAUAUAUUAUAAUGUCAAUUCAAAAAAAAAUUCAAUGUCAAUUGGAAAUUGUCAAAUCAGUCAAAACAAUUGGUAAAUACGAAAGGCUAAUCAAUUCCAACAACCGAUCAUUAACUAAUUAACAUUUAUUUCUUCGAAUAUAAUAUUUACUACUAGGAAUAAAAACCGUAAAGUUUUGUUUCUGAUUAAUAUUGUGUGAGUUUUCACAUAUAAAUAAAAUACAUGAAAAAUAUGCCGGUAGAGUUAAACAGCUUAACUGAAGGUUGGUUGGAAUUGGAGAGUGAUCCUGGGUUAUUUACAUUACUCUUAGAAGAUUUUGGUGUCAAAGGAGUACAAGUUGAAGAAAUCUAUGAUUUACACAAACCCUUGGAAAGCCCCGUAUACGGUUUCAUAUUUCUCUUUCGAUGGAUAGAAGAAAGACGUUCGCGAAGAAAAUUUGUAGAACAAAUCGAAAGUUUUGUUCGAGAUGAAGAAACUAUUAACAAUAUAUUUUUUGCUCAACAAAUGGUUCCCAAUAGUUGUGCCUCACAUGCUCUAUUAUCAAUAUUAUUGAACUGUCCCAACCUUCAUUUGGGAGAGACAUUAAGUAGAUUAAAACACCACACAUUAGGAAUGAAUCCAGAAAACAAAGGUUGGGCGAUUGGAAAUACACCGGAACUUGCCUGUGCUCAUAACUCACAUGCCAUACCACAAGCUCGAAAGAAGACUGAUAAAAAUGCUGGUGUUCCAACAGGAAGAUUUACAGGGGAAGCAUACCAUUUUGUUAGCUUUGUGCCAAUAAAUGGUCAUUUAUUUGAGUUGGAUGGGUUGAAACCAUAUCCAAUGGAUCAUGGUCCUUGGGAAGCUAAUGAAGACUGGACAGAAAAGUUUCGAAGAGUUAUGGUUGAAAGGCUUGGCCGAGAUGCUGGUGAACAGGUCCAUGAUAUAAGAUUUAAUCUUAUGGCAGUUGUACCAGAUAGAAGAAUUGCCUUGACACAGAAACUGAAUGCACUUGAAAUGAAUCAAAAGAGAAUAAAAGAAGCCAUUUCGAAAAUAGGAAAACAUUUGCGACAUUUGCUUUCAAAGCCAAGAGAUUAUAAUGAAGAUUCAAUAUCGCAAGAUAAUAGUGAGGAAUUAUCAAAUGAUACAUCUAAUCAAGUCUCGGAAGAUGCAAUUAUAAAUGCAUUAGAUGCUAUGGAGGCUCCAUCCUUUGAUAUAGAUUAUAUCCAACCUAUCACUAUUGAGAUCGGUGUUGUGGAUAAGCCACAACAGGAUAAAAGUAUAAGUUUGGCUGAUCCUGUAGAACAGACGGCUACUUGUAAAUUUUUCACAAUAAAUGGUGAAAAUCAAAUAUUGACCAAUUUACAUCCAACAUCAACUACAGCACUUUUGAAAAGUAAUAAUAUGCCUAUAAUUAUGUGUUGUGAAGUUGCUCCGGAACAGCCGUACCGAUUUAGAAAGAUUCUGCUCACACACUCGGAAUUGAAUGUGUUUCUUAGCAGCAUAGUGACGGAGAUGCAGUCGUGUCAGCAGGCUCUGAACGACGAGAAUGAUAAAAGGGAUAUGUAUAAGGUGGAUGACUGCCGUCGCACGCAUAACUAUGACGAGUUCAUCUGCACGUUCCUGUCGAUGUUGGCGGAGCGCGGCGUGCUCGCGGAGCUGGUGGCGGCGCAGCUGGAGCGCGGGCGCUCGCCGCGCGUGCGCCGCCGCCGGCCCCGGCCCCGCCCCCGCGCCCGGCCCCGCCCGCGGCCGCGCGCUCGCAAGUAGCAGAUCGGUGGACGCUCGUAACAUACACCUCGCCUACAACCGCGCGCUAGUAGCUGAUUGUACGCUCUUAAUGCAUAUCCCGCUCGCGGCCGCGCGCUCGUACCUGAUUGGUGGACGGUUAAACACACUGCAGCCUAUUAUUCUUUAAUCUUUUAGCUGUGUUGAAGUUAGGCAAGUCGAUCCGUAGAACGUAUAUCAACUGUACUUAGUAUAUAGGCUGUAUACCCUUCUUCUACACAUAUGGCAAAUAAAUAAUGAAUAAAAGAUCGCUGAUUGCCGGUAAAUACUGGUUAUUUACAUAUAGGCAUAGGGUGCACAUCCGCUGUUUGCUGUAGGCUCAUUUUUACACUUGAUAGUUGCUCUUUUUGUACAUAUCCAAUGUUGAUCAGUGACUUACUACGUAAAUUGUUAAUAUUUUAGGCCUCACGCAAAUUAUUAAUCCAACAAAAUCAUACAUACUAAUGAUACAACACCCACUCCUACCACAACGCGCUUACGUGGUGCAUAUACUUAGUAUUUAAAGUUGAGUCUAUACCUGAAAUAUAAUUUACAUACCCUUAUUAAUUUUAGUAAUCCAUUAAUUUUCUAGUCUUCACUCACAUCAAUUUUAAAUCACACAUUUAUGGAUUAAAAGGACCUUUUUAAAAAUAUAUAUAUUAUCACUGAAUAUACAGUUUGCUUGUCUUUAAAAACAAGCCAUAUUAUCACCAACUAACAUAAUAAGGAUACUAUCCAAUAAAAAAUAUUAAAUGAUUUAAUUUUUAGUUUUAUAGCAUUGAAAUGCUUUAUAAAUGAGAAAUUUUUGAAAGAAUA